CAGGGAACCAUCACGACAACUGCCGCGGUGAAGGAUGUUGGGCAAGCUAUGGACGUACGCACGGGACGCCGAGCAUAACGUAAAGCUCUCGUACCUGUUUACCAUCACGUUUUGGUCCUGCCGCAGCAUUAUCUUUCAGCAAGUGCUGUCGGGGUAUGUGUUUGUGCUGACUCAAUCGAACGAACCCGUGGGAAUGGUCAAGGGCAUUCAAGGGGUUGUCCAAAUGAUUGCUGCGAUUCCAGGGGGCUGGGCGUGCGAUCGCUUUCGCCGCGACACGAUCUUGAAAAUCUCGUCCGUGCUUGGUGUUUUCUGCGCGCUCUUGUCAGUCAUUGCGUUCUACAUGGGUCAUUUGAUGAUGAUUUACGUUGCGUUUGGAUUUUGGGGCAUCUUUUGCGCACUGCAAGGACCGGCGUUGGAAGCUUUGUUUGCUGACUCGAUCCCAAAUGGCGAGCGAUCAUUUCCCAUCACAAUCAAGCACAUGCUCAUGAACACUGCCAUGGUGGCUGGACCUGGCCUCUGCAUUAUUUUCUUUCUCAUCUACGGCGACUCGUGGAACCUCGUGGGAUUGCAAUACGUGCUCAUUUUCGGGACUAUAAUUGGCGUUCCGCCCCUCGUUUUGCUCUACUUUUUCAACGAUGACUUGGCGUAUGAAAACUACACCCAGACAUGCACCCUCAAGCCCCGCGCCCUCUCCUUUGUCGAUGAAGAUGGUGUGCUGGAGUUUGCCGUGACGGACGACGAAACCAGCUUGUCCAAAUCCCCGGCGAAAGAGUCUUCCAAGUUGCUUGGUGCGUCUCCGAAACCCGCGGCCACGAGCACGUUGACCUCUGAGUCCGUGGCGUCCCCGACCAGCGCCAUCACGAACGAAAACACAUUUCUGUGCUUUGGUCCGCGUCAUGUGCCGUACUUGCUCUUCUUUGCCGACUUUGUCAUUUGCAAUGGCGCGGGCAUGACGAUCAGCUUUUUUCCAGUGUUUUUUCAACACGAUUACGGCCUCACACCGUCGCAAGUCAACAUUUUGUACUUUGUCCAGCCGCUCUUGAUCGUAGUCUUGUCGUACUUCACCCAGCGUGUGUCCACGUAGGCCAUUCUGCUUGAGCGAGUCUAACGAGAUGCGUAGGGUCACAGGAACAAUCGAAACCGUCGUGGCGACGAGGAUUUUUGCCACUCUAUGUCUUGGUGCGAUGGCAUUUGUGACGCCGUUGCCGGUCGAAAUCGGGCUGUUUUUGCUACGGAGCGGCUUUAUGCGAUGCUCGGAGCCGUUGCGCACGUCGCUGUUGAUGGAUUACGUGCCCCAGCACUUGCGUGGACGUUGGAACUCCCUCGAAGGCCUCACCCAGUUUACGUACUCUGGCAGCGCCGUUGUUGGGGGCUAUCUGAUCGAACGCCACGGCUACCGGUUUUGCUUCUUCAUUACGGCUGUCAUCUACGUCGUCGGCGUCGCCAUCGAGGGCCUCCUCGUCCCGAUCAUUCGAAGCCAUCAUCGCCGCCUCCAGCAACAAGCCAAGUCGGCCGUUGUCAAGCUGGCGUGAACAACCAACCACACCGACGUCGAUCCAUCCCGCUCUCCACCCUGACCCAAACCAAAUAAAUACACGAAGUAUGCUCUUAACACCUUCAAGGUACACACUAGAAGCUUCAUCAUGUUGCUAAGGCGCCACCUUGGCUGACGUGACCC